AUGGGAGUACCAGCAUUUUUUCGCUGGUUGUCGCGGAAAUAUCCGUCCGUGAUAAUCGAAGCAGUGGAGCAGAAGACGGUGGACGAUCAGGGAAAUGUUGUGUACGAAAAUCUUACGGAUGCGAACCCGAACAGGGUGGAGUUUGAUAAUUUGUACCUGGAUAUGAACGGUAUCAUCCAUCCGUGUACACACCCGGAAGAUAAACCGGCACCGAAGAACGAGGACGAGAUGAUGGUCGCUAUCUUCGAGUGCAUCGAUCGGCUGAUGAACAUCGUUCGACCGCGAAAGGUGCUGUACAUGGCCAUUGAUGGUGUCGCGCCACGCGCCAAAAUGAACCAGCAGCGGUCUCGUCGCUUCCGGGCGUCGAAGGAGUCGGCCGAAAAAGCGGCCGAAAUGGCCCGUAUCCGGGAGGAGCUGGCGGCCAAGGGUGCAAUUUUGCCACCUGAAAAAGAAAAGGGAAGUCACUUCGAUUCUAACUGCAUUACACCCGGCACACCGUUUAUGGAUCGGUUGAGCAAGUGUCUGCAGUACUAUGUGCAUGACCGAAUGAACAAUAAUCCGGGAUGGAAGAAUUUGAAGGUUAUUCUGUCGGAUGCUAAUGUGCCCGGCGAGGGCGAACACAAAAUUAUGGAUUACAUUCGGAAACAGCGCGUGCAGCCGGACUACGAUCCGAACACGCAUCACGUGCUGUGUGGUGCCGAUGCGGAUCUGAUCAUGCUGGGGCUAGCCACGCACGAAACGCAUUUUACCAUCAUUCGUGAGGAGUUCCUCCCGAACCGUGAACGACCGUGCGACAUCUGUCAGCAGAUGGGGCACGAAAUGAAGUGCUGCACCGGGUUACAGUCGGAACGCGAAUUGGCAAACCGGACGCCACCAGGACCGGGCAAGGAGACGCAGUACAUAUUCGUGCGACUGAACGUGCUUAAGGAGUAUCUGCAGAAGGAACUGAAUAUGCCCAACUUACCGUUCGAGUACGAUUUCGAGCGCGUGCUGGACGAUUGGGUGUUUAUGUGCUUUUUCGUCGGUAACGACUUCCUGCCACACCUUCCCAGCUUGGAGAUCCGCGAGAACGCGAUCGAUCGGUUGGUGACGCUUUACAAGAAGUGUGUGUAUAAAACACGUGGUUAUCUAACCGACUCGGGCAGCGUGUUGCUCGACCGGGUGGAAAUGAUCAUGACCGAUCUGGGUUAUGCGGAGGACGAAAUCUUUCGGCAGCGUAAAGUGAGCGAGGAUCGAUUCAAGGAGCGCAACAAGCGUAUGCGAAUGCAGAAAGAACGCUAUCAGCGCCCAAAUUUUCAACGGCUCAACAAUUCUCAGUUCGCUCCGACGCCGCUCGGUCGUGGUGUGCAACCGCAGGCAAUUGUGAAUCCGCGCCAAGAAGCGGCCCAUUUUCGAAUGCUUGGACAAGAUGGGAAUGCGAAGGAAGAUGACGCCGCAGGUAACAGUGCAUACCAGCAAGGACGGCGUGGCACCAAGCACAAAGCAGAAGAAUCACUAGCGGCAGUGUUAGCCGAGGAAGAAACGCCUGACGAGGUACGGCUGUGGGAGGACGGAUUUAAGGAUCGUUACUACGAAUCAAAGUUUGACGUUACGACGCAGAAUAUCAGCUUCCGGCAAACGGUUGCCUGGGAGUACGUGCGAGGGCUUUGCUGGGUGUUACGAUACUACUACCAGGGCUGUGCCUCCUGGGAAUGGUACUUCCCGUACCAUUAUGCACCGUUUGCAUCGGACUUGAAGCAUCUGGAUAAUGUAAACACACACUUCGAUCGUGGCACACCGUUCAAACCACUUCAGCAGCUAAUGGGCGUGUUCCCGGCCGCCAGUCGUAGUCACGUACCGGAGGCAUUCGCCGAACUGAUGAUCGAUCCGCGCAGUCCAAUUAUUGACUUUUAUCCGAUCGAUUUCCGCAUCGAUCUGAAUGGGAAAAAGUUUGCCUGGCAGGGUGUAGCCCUGCUACCGUUCGUCGACGAAAAACGACUGUUCAAGGCAACGGAUCCGAAGGUACCGUUAUUAACGGUAGAAGAACGACUUCGCAACGAGAAUGGAGAUGCGAAACUUUUCAUUCUACCCGGUUCCGCCGGUUACAAAACGUUGGCCGGCCUAUAUGCGGAUGGUGACGAUGUAGAUUACGAACGCGAGAUGCCUGUCACGGUCGAUUGUCUGCAGGGUUUUGUAAUUCCCACGAAGGAAAAUGUACCCAAGGAGGGUAUGCUUCCAUCGCCCAUUCCUGGACUGCCAGCAGUGACCGAAAAUCAGGUGCUAUCGGUGCGCUUCCAGGAUCCAAAGUUUGCAAACGAUUUCGUGUUCCCCGCACGAAAGCUGUCCAAUGCUACGGAUCAACCGAAGGUGCUGGGCGCGAGCGAAGGUCCAGUGAUUGGGUUCGGUCAACGUACAGACCGAGCGCAACUUGAUCAGUCCGGUCAUCGGAUGCUGAAUAAUCGUUUAGGACUGGGGUACGGUGGUGGCGGACGAGGCGGAGGAGGAGGAUAUAACAACAACUUCCGGGGAUCGGGAGGCUAUGGCAACAACAAUUACCACAACGGUGGCCGUGAAGGUGGUAUGCACAACUAUUCCGGCUACGACAGUAAUACAGCGGACAAUGCAUAUAACCGGCAAUACAACCGAGAGGGUGAUGAUGGCCAGGAGGAUAACGGCGCAUCGGACACCGCCGGCAAUCGGAGCGUGUUCGAGCAGCUCAGCAGCCAGAUACAGCAGUACCAGCAGCAGAUGAUGAACGAAAUUUCGCGCAAUACCUCACCGACGCCUUCGGCCUCGAACCUACUGCCAAACCCGUUCGCCAAUCAGGUUAACUACAAUUACGACAAUCCCCGCGACAAUAGCAACUGGACGAACAACAACGGUGGACGCCGUGGUGGUGGUUUUGGGGGUCGUGGUGGUGGAGGAAGACCCUACGGAAAUGGUGGUGGAGGAGGGAACUAUUGGAAUAAUAACAACAACAACAAUCGCUACGGACAGAACAAUUAUGGUUCGUCGAGAGGGGGCAGAAAUAAUCGGUUUAACAACCAGCGCAGACCAUACUAA